AUGGCGUCGCCGCCGCACACCGUGACCGCCCGCGGCGCGCACCAGUUCGAGAUCGUCGGCUACAGCCUCAUCAAAGGCCUCGCGGCGGGCGAGUUCGUCCGGUCCGGCGCCUUCGCCGUCGGCGGCUACCGGUGGUCCGUCCGGUUCUACCCCGGCGGGUUCUCGCCGCCGCACCGCGCGUUCGUGUCGGCGUUCCUCAAGAUCACGAGCAAGGACGCGAGGGCGUGGGCACGCUUCGACCUGCGCCUGCUCGACCGGGCCACGGGGCUGUCGCGCUCCGUGCGCCGCGCGGCGGAGCCCGUCGUGUUCGACUACUCGGCGCCGCCCGGCAAGUGCAGGGGCAAGCGCGGCGCCCGCGCGCUCAUGCUGCGGAGCGAGCUCGAGGCGUCUCUCACGAUCGAGUGCGUCGUCGACGUCGUCUCCGGCGGCGUGCCCCCCGUGGCUCCGCGCCGGCUCAGGGCGCCGCCGUCGGACCUGUCGAAGCAUCUCGGCGAGCUGCUGGACCGGCAGGACCAGACGGACGUCGCGUUCGACGUCCGAGGAGAGGUCUUCCGUGCCCACAAGGCGGUGCUCGCGACGCGGUCGCCGGUCUUCAUGGCGGAGCUCUACGGAGGGAUGAAGGAGAAGGGCAUGGAGUGCAUCGCCAUUGACGACAUCCAACCCGUGGUGUUCAGUGCUCUGGUGGGUUUCAUCUACACUGAUGUUCUAGUACUCCCGGGUGAUCUGCUGGAAGGAGACGACGACGACUACAAGGAGAUGGUGCGGCAUCUCCUCGAGGCGGCGGAUCGAUACGGCAUGGAGCGGCUCAUGUUGAUGUGCGAGAGCAUUCUUUGCAGGAGCCUCGAUGGGAGCACGGUGGAGACGACGCUCGCCCUAGCUGAUCAACACUACUGCACGGCACUCAAGGAUGUUUGCCUUCAGUUCAUGUCGCUUGGAUUGCAAGGAUGA